UUUCAGGGUCAACUAGUGAAUGGCCGGGAAAUAGCUGUGAAAAGGUUAUCAAAACAUUCGGGACAAGGAAUGGAAGAGUUUAAGAACAAAGUCAUGUUGAUUGCAAAACUACAGCACAGAAAUCUAGUGAGGCUUUUGGGCAUCCACAAGGAAGAGAAGAUGUUAAUAUAUGAAUACUUACCAAACAAAAGCUUGGACUACUUUAUAUUUGCUGCAACGAGAAGGUCGCAUUUGGACAGGACAGAGCAGCUCGAAAUUGUUACUGGAAUUGCUCGAGGGAUCUUAUAUCUUCACCAAGAUUCAAGACUGAAAAUCAUCAACAGAGAUCUAAAAGCUAGCAAUGUUCUAUUGGAUGUUUCAAUGAAUCCAAAAAUUUCAGAUUUUGGAAUGGCUAGGACGUUUGGAGACGACCAAAUUCAAGCAAAUACAAACAGGGUAGUUGGUACAUAUGGUUACAUGUCCCCCAAAUAUGCAAUGCAAGGGCUAUAUUCAACAAAAUCUGAUGUGUUCAGCUUCGGUGUUUUGCUACUAGAGAUCAUCAGUGGCAAGAAGAACACAGAUUUUAUCAAUGGAAGCUCCUUCCCAAAUCUCAUUGCACAUAUAUGGGAAUUAUGGAAGGAAGGAAGAGUGUUGGAUAUAGUUGAUCCAACACUUUGUCAGCUAUUUUCUGCUCAGGAGAUUUCAAAAUGCAUCCACAUUGGGCUACUGUGUGUGCAGGAAGGUGUAACAGAUCGACCGACUAUGUCUGCUGUUAUUGGCAUGUUGGCUAAUGAAACCUCUCUUCCUCCACCCAACACACCUGCUUUUAUUUGCCUAAAGAAUACCUCUCAUAAUGCAGACUCUUCGAUGUCUAGAUCAGGAGAAGCUGCUUCCUUGAAGCUCGUUGAGCUUAAUGUAUAA